CGCAUAAGCUAUGGAAUCAACACACCCAAAGGGCCGCCAGCACACCUCAUCACCCCACCGAUACACAUUGUCAGAUUACAGCAAUCCUUGUUCAAAGAUUUCGUAAACUCUUUUAUGUUCCUAUAUAUAUACACGCACAAUCAUCAUCCAUAUGGAUUGCAUACGUAUGCAGAAGAGAAGACGAACAAAAGUUUCUCUUCACCGAUUCUCAAUUUGUACAGAACGUAACGUUUCUACACCCAUCCAUUCCGGACUUUACCCCAUCGCCGAACAGAAAGCCUCCGGAAUUCGCCGUUUCUGAGAGACUGACAGCUUAGUUUGUGAUUGGACUGGAAUGUGAUUUGCCCAAGGGUCACAAUGCCAGAAUUGCGUAGUGGGUUACGGAGAUCAAAGCGGCUUGGUGAAAUCCAGCCUGCCCAGCAACCUGCUGUCCAAGAAGAGAAUUUGACAUUGCCUGCUCAGAAUGGAACCAGAAGGAGAGGUGGAGGUGGAAGAGGAAGGGGACGAGGUAGAAGUAAUGCAGCAGCUGCACCGAAAGGGCCUUCAGCAGGAGGUCGUGGGAGAGCAGUAGCUGCUGGUAGGGGCGAUGCAGUUAGAUCAAUAGACUUUGGUCGCGCACCGCAUUGCAAGAUUCUUCCUCAAGCUGUUGCCAUUGGUAUAGCAGAACCAGCUUUUAAUAAAAUUGAAGGUGCUGCAGACAAAGAUAUAGCAAACGAGGGCGCUAGUGCAGAUAAAAUAAUGGGAGUUGAAGAAGAGGCAAAUACAACUCCUGUGCCUGAGAGGGUGCAAGUGGGAAAUUCUCCUGUAUAUAUAACUGAAAGGAAGUUGGGCAAAGGUGGUUUUGGCCAAGUCUAUGUUGGCAGAAGGGUAACUGGUGGUAUGGGCAGAACGGGACCAGAUGCUGUUCAGGUUGCAAUAAAAUUUGAACACCAAAAUAGUAAGGGUUGCAACUACAACCCUCCUAAUGAGUGGCAAGUGUACAACUCUGUGAAUGGGUGCUAUGGAAUUCCAUGGGUUCACUACAAGGGUCGUCUGGGAGAUUUUUACAUUAUGGUUAUGGAUAUGCUCGGACCAAGUCUUUGGGAUGUCUGGAACAAUCUAGGCCAAACAAUGCCACCAGGUAUGGUUGCCUGUAUUGCAAUGGAGGCAAUUUCAAUUCUUGAAAAGCUUCAUGCGAAGGGCUUUGUGCAUGGUGAUGUCAAGCCCGAGAAUUUUUUGCUUGGUCAGCCUGGAACUGCUGAUGAAAAGAAGCUAUAUCUUAUUGAUCUUGGUUUGGCAUCUCGAUGGAAAGACUUAGGAUCUGGUCGGCAUGUUCAAUAUGACCAGCGACCUGAUAUUUUCAGGGGCACACUUAGAUAUGCAAGUGUACAUGCACACCUGGGCCGGACUGGAAGUCGAAGAGAUGACCUGGAAUCUUUAGCAUACACGCUGAUAUUCCUCAUUAAGGGAAGGCUACCAUGGCAGGGCUGUCAGGGUGACAACAAGAAUUUUCUUGUUUGUAAAAAGAAGAUGGCCAUUUCUCCUGAGUUGAUGCAAUGCUUUUGUCCUGCUCCAUUCCAACAGUUUCUUGAGGCUGUAAUAAAUAUGAAGUUUGAUGAAGAGCCAAACUAUGGAAAGCUUAUAUCUUUCUUUGAUACUAUUAUCGAGCCAUGCACUUCACUCAGGCCAAUAAGGAUUGAUGGUGCUCUUAAGGUUUGGCAGAAGCGGGUAAGGUUGACAAUCAACUUGGAUGAAGAUGAGCAACCGAGGAAGAAAAUACGACUGGGUAAUCCUGCUACCCAGUGGAUUUCAGUUUACAAUGCACGGCACCCCAUGAAGCAGAGGUAUCACUACAAUGUUGCAGACUCGAGGAUCCGGCAACAUGUAGAAAAGGGUAACGAAGAUGGCUUAUAUAUUAGCUGUGUGGCUUCUGCAGCAAACCUUUGGGCCAUAGUCAUGGAUGGAGGGACAGGUUUCUCUUCACAAUUUUUUGAGCUUUCAGAUCUCUUCCUUCAUAAGGAUUGGAUAAUGGAGCAAUGGGAAAAGAACUACUAUAUUAGCUCCUUAGCGGGUGCGGAUAAUGGAAGUUCAUUGGUCGUUAUGUCUAAAGGAACUCCCUAUACUCAACAGUCUUACAAAGUCGGUGAUUCUUUUCCCUUCAAAUGGAUAAACAAAAAGUGGAAAGAAGGUUUCCAUGUCACAUCCAUGGCUACUGCUGGCAGUCGUUGGUGCGUGGUGAUGUCCAGGAAUGCCGGGUUUUCUGAACAGGUAGUAGAGCUUGAUUUUCUUUACCCAAGCGAUGGAAUUCAUCGACGAUGGGAGAGUGGUUACAGAAUAACGGCCAUGGCUGCUACCGCUGAUCAAGCCGCCUUCAUAUUGAGUAUACCGAAAUUUAAAUUCAAUGAUGAGGCGCAGGAAACCCUACGCACAUCAGCGUUUCCAAGCACACACGUAAAGGAUAAGUGGUCGAGAAAUCUCUACAUUGCUUCGGUCUGUUAUGGCAGAACUGUGUGCUGAAUGGCAGGCAGUUGGGAAGAGUGAGUUAUAGAGAGAAAGAAUUGCUGCCAUUUUUGCUGCAACUCUAUGAUGGCAGAAACUGUUGGCCAGAAAUGAGCUUGACAAUGAACUAUGGAGGUCAAGACAGAAAUGAUAGAUUGAUAGCUUUCCAAAUUCUUAAUCUCAGUUCUAUAAUGGGUAACUUACAUAAUUUGACAUUCUUUGUCAAUAUGGUUUUUAUUUUCUUUUCAUUUUUUAGAUCAUUUUACCUUUGUUCAGGUUAUAUUAUAUUAAUCCCUGAAAUGUGAAUAUUGAAACGUUAUAUGCUCUUGUCUGGUUAAGGGAAUGUAUUGACUAUUAUUGUUUCAUGUAUA